UCGUCCGUUCGGCGAGCUACACCCAUUACCAAUACCCCUUGGCCGACGGGAAGCGAUCGCUAUGGAUAUCACCGGCCCCUUCCCAAAGCACAAGACCGGCGUUGAUGGGAUCUUCACGGUCGUCGACCGCCUCACCAAGUACGCCAURUUUUUGCCUUGCCGCUAUCACGCAAAGGCACCGAAGUUAGCCGAGGUCCUAUACACCGGUUGGAUCCGCUCCAAGGGCUACCCCAAGGAGAUCGUUUGCGACCGGGACACUCGCUUUCUCUCCGACUUUUGGGUCGCCCUCGUCAAACGAUGGGGCUCAUCGUUGAAGCCGAGUUCGGCUCGCCACCCGCAAACCGACGGUCUGACGGAAAGGGCGCAUCAGACCGCUCAAGUCCUCCUACGCACUCUCAUCCGUCCUGACCAGGUUGAUUGGGUCGAGCGCUUGCCAGACGUGGAGUUGGCUUACAACUCAUCGAUCCAUCCGGCUAUUGGGAUGUCGCCAUUCGAGUUUGAGCAUGGUUCACCCAUCUCAUCGCCGYUGGACGCCAUUUUGCCGCGCACAGCCGAGAGCGACGACCAUCUUACGUUCCUUCGUCGCAUGCAAGAGCUCCUUGUCAAGGCAUGGGAUCAGAUGUCAAAGACGCAAAUACGGAUGAGCCGCCAAGCCAACCGCAAUUGUCUUCCUUGCCCGUUCCGCGCCGGCGAUCUGGUUUGGGUCUCCGCCGCGGAGUUCAGCCUUGAACAAGACAUCUCUCGCAAGCUCCUUCCCAAAUGGAUGGGGCCUUGGCGCAUUCUCUCUGCARUUGGUGAUGAUCCCGAGGGGCCUUCAUUCCGCAUCGCGGUGCCACCUCACUUGCCCGUCCACACGKUGUUCCACUGUUCCAAACUCGCUCCUUUUGUUUCKGCAGAAUCCGACGAGUUUCCCGGUCGACGUACGCAAGACCCUCCUUCCAUGGACGGAUUUCAGGAGGCCGGCUACAUCAUCACCGACCGGCGUCAUGGCAACAAGGAAACGGAGUUUCUACUUCACUUUUCCUACUGCAGCCACAAGGCUGACCGUUGGCUGACGCGUUYGGAACUGCAGGCCACCGCCCCCGCAGUUCUCUCACGUUAUUUAAGCAAGGAGAAGACUACGCCGGACACUUCAGCUCCCCGGCCUCCUCGCUACGUUCCGCCAUCAGAUCGGCAGCUUCGCUCCCGCCCCGGCUCAUCUUCAUAAGGAGGGGGGCUUGUUACAUGCUGAGAGCCUCCACACGGGCCCCUCACGGGACCCGAGGUUGGAUAAGGGCCCCCAGGUCGCGUCACCGCAACCAGGAG